UUCCCGCUCUGCUAAACACCAAACGGUGGGACUAAUUCCAAAAUCCCAAAUAUGCCUUUCGUGCAACCUAAAAAUUAGUCUGGCUAUUGGUGGGUUCUGGCUGCUCAAACACCACGAAAAGGAAAAACAAAAAAUCAAUUUUGAAGUUCAGUUAGUACUGUAAUCAGUUUUCGAUAUAUUAACUAAUGGUUCGAAGGCAAGAGUUACAUUAUAUUAUUUGGACUCUGUAUCGCAGGUACUAGUAGUGGUUCAAAGGCAAGAGUUGCUUUCUAGUAUUUGGACUCUGUAUAUCUGGCACUAGUACUAGGCUUCUAGCCAUAUUGUUGUAUCUUGAUUUCAUUGAACAGCUAUCCCAUCUCCAUUUCAGAAAUUGAAUGAAUAUUUUUAAAGUGAUAAUUUUAACGCUUAUACCAGAAGAAUCUUAUUAGUUUGACAUUGACACAUCAGCUAUUCAAUCAAUUUUUUAUCCUUCAUUGCGUCCCUUAAAUGUAAAUUUUAUUGCAUUUUUCUCACUCCUCUUUAGAGGUGGAGUGAUUCUUCCUUUUGGGUUGCUUUCAUCCUAACCAUCCAAGCGGUGCUAAAUGUAACUUUACGUGCUGGAUAAUCUGUGUUAGGUAAUAGGUAGACGUAGAGUUGCGUGUGGUCAAUAGAAAUUCUCUCCAAAAUACAACAGUGACUAACCUUUUUAUUAAUGUUGCUUUGCAGAUCUAAGAGCCAAUUUCUCUAAUUUUAUCCACCUAUAUCUCCUCUUUAUCUCUCAGCUGUCAACAUUUCUGUAAGAAAAUAAAGCUGUUGUCACUUCUCUUCAAUAUCUAGCAACCAAGUUUUCAUGACUGAGGUCGAUGCCCAAAUUCCUGGCGCUUACGGCAUAUCCAUUCACGGAUGCAAAUGCUGAGAAUUCAGGUGCUGGGGCAAAGAAAUAUGUGCAUUUGAGUGUACAGCAACGUAAUGGUAGGAAGAGCCUUGCGAAUGUUCAGGUGUUGAAAAAGGAUUUUAGCUACAGCACGAUAAUCAAGGAGCUCAAGAAGGAAUUUUGCUGCAAUGCUACAGGAUCCAGAAUUGGGCCAGGUGAUUAGAGGAAGAACGUGUCAACUUUCCUUGUUCAGGCUGGCAUUGCAAGCAAGGAACACAGAAAGAUUCGUGGUUUUUGAGCAGCAGUAACAGUUCUAGCAGAUUGAUCUUCAUAUAUGAUAAGACUCAAUUCUUUUGUUUUAGACAAGAAAUAGCUUCCGGAUCAAAAAGUAGGCACAUGAAAAAUGAGGACCAAAGGUAGCCAAAAGAAGAAGACAGCAGCGCCCUACAGGACAAAUGAAAGAAUCGAGUCUGUUCAGCUUAAUUACUCAUUAUCAACAAGUCAUUUUCGACAAAGCAUUUCUUUCAGUUUCUUCAGCUGGCAUUAUUUACUGGCUUCAACUUCAUAUGGCUGACUCUGAACAUUCCUCUUCUGGUAACACUUAUGUGGACUCUCGAGAAGAAACAAUUGAAGAAUCAAAGCGUAAAUUCUCUGAGGAUGAGGAAACACUUAUAAUUAGGAUGUAUAAUCUGGUGGGAGAGAGGUGGGCUAUAAUUGCUGGGAGAAUCCCUGGUAGGACAGCUGAGGAAAUUGAAGAGUACUGGAAUACCAGGUACUCUACUAGCACUGAAUGAUGUAUCAGAAAACCUGGCCUGUACUUUCCUCUGCCAAAUGUUAGCUAUUCUGAGAGAGUUGAUGCCAAUUACAAACAAAGCAUCUUGGGUACUUGUUGCAGCCACCUAAAACGGGUCAAGAAGAUGUUAAGCCAUUCAAACUGACCUCAAAAAUGAAAUUUGCUUGUUCCUGUAACUCUUAACAUUUUAUACAUUUGGGAGGAAUUUUUAUACGAUCUUAUAUGUUUAUUUGUUAGUUUUUAAAAAUAUACUUGAAUAGGAUCAUAGU